AUGGCUGCGCCGAGAUGGGGUGUUGGAGUCCUUGGUCCACCUUUCGAUUAUACAGCAAGUAUGGGUAUCAACGAGAGGAUAUGGGCAAUGCACCAUGCACAAUAUUACCGAAGCAACACCGAUCCCGAGAUGCCUAGCGAAUACGUGGACCUCAUCGAGAAGUACCUGCUAGUCGUUCCACACCUAACACAACAUAAGUCCAAUUCUGCGGACCUUUUGCAGCCAACAUUAUGGCAAACGACCUCCAUCUCAACACCGUCUACCAGGAUCGCCCUGAAGAAGCGUGAUCAUUGGUGA